AUGUCUACAAAGAUCAGAGUCCCAAAUGCGAAGCUGGGUGUACCAGACCUUCUUCUCGAGGUGGAUGGACUGGGUGACAACACCGCCUUGUGGAUAUUAGAGGUCAGCUUUUCGCAGACAGACAAGGACCUCAUGAAGAGAGUCCAAAGGUUUGCUAAGAAAUUCGCGGCCAUACAGGAGGCCAAAGGAUACAUCGGAGUUGGCAAUCGUGAUGAAGGGGCAAGAUGUGUUGAUGAAGAGGGAGUGGAAGGUUAUGUCGGACAAUCCAGCCUUUGGGCCUGGCUCCAUCACCCAAAUGGAGAGUUCUCUCUCAACAAAAUGAACAGCAGUUCCUAUUAUGUGUGCACGGAAAUUUGUCCGACCAGGGACUCCACUGAGAUCGCCCAUCUCGAUUCAGUGUUCCACCAAGCCAUGAAAUUCAUAUGUGACAAAACCACCGGUUACAUGCAGGAGCAUUAUGGUGUCGAGUUACCCUUGAUCUGCCGUGGUAUGCACUACAAGUACAUUUCAACUAUUUCUCAUCAAAACAGUCUACAAUCACAUCUUCAUCGCCAACACUGGGUGCUGGUCUUUGCCUCAUCACUAGAGUACAUGGCAGCGUCAUAG